AUGUCAUCAAGUGCAAUUGCGAAAUACAAUCAAACGAAUGACUGUGAUCCUGAAAGGUCAUGGGGGUAUUUAAAAGAUGGCAAUGAAUGUUUUGAACAAAAGAAGCAAGAAAUAGAAAAGGAAGGUAAACUUACGACAGUUCAAGAAGCGAAGGAGAAAGCCAUAAAAACACACAAGAAAGUCUGUAUUGAUAGAGCUAUUCAAGUCAUUUCAAAUUCAUCUUGGCGGUACAACACAAUAAAAAGUGCCAUCACAAACAAUGAUUGGCAAAAUUAUGAAAGUAACUUAAACUUUGUUCGUAUGAAUUUGGAUCAGCCUUUAGUUAAAGAGACCAACUUGACAAUUCUUUCAUUGAAAAAUGAAAUUUUAAGAAUCAAUCCCAAUCUAGCCGAGUUUGUGAAUUUUUAUUACACAACAAAUCACGAUGAAACGAUUGAGAAACUAAAGAAAGAAUCUGAUUUUGUUAAAGAAAACACCGAAAUUGAACGUAAAAUUGGGUUUUUGAUGAGAGCAAAUACCUAUUAUGAAAGUCUUGAUGAAGAUCUUCAAAACAUAAAAACCUUUAUUGAAACACACCAAGAACAAUACACUAAAAAGGGUAUUAAUUUUGAAGAAAACAUUAAAACGUGUGAGUCGAAUAUUAACACUUUAUUGGCUAUGAAAGUGUUCAGUUCAGUGUUUUAUGGUGUGAGAGGAAAAAUGGACACACUCAGACGUAAUUUGAACAACAAAGAGAAUAACCUUGAAAACGAUUUGAAGUCAAUUGAAGAUGAUAUGAAUAAAGUCGUUGUAAGUUCACAUCCAAAUUCUAGUUUGUUAAAAAUGAGAAAUAAAAUAGAAACAAUUAAACCAGAGUCUAAAAGGUAUUAUCAAAUGUUUGAAGAAAUUAAAAAAGAAAUGCAAGAAAAUAAAAUAAUGGAGGAUUCUAUGAAACAACAAACAAAUGUGGGUACUCCACAAGUCAAUUACAGUCAACCACAAAAAGUUGUGCAAAUGCCCACGGUUAUACCACAAAAGCCAUUUGUUCAACAAAGUAAGCCAGUCAUUCAAAAUACUCAACAAACAGUACAAGCAACUCAAACAAAUGUUCAAUCAAUUAAUAAACAAAGUGAUUUAUCAAAGCAAAGUGCUCAACAAAAAGUAAUACAAACAACACAAACAACUGAAAUAAAAUCAGAAGAUGUGAAUAAAAUUACUCAGUUGAGAACUCAAAUUAAAAAGUUGGUCGAACAGAUCACCACAAAUAUUGAUAAAAUCAAAUCACAAAACAAAUGCUCAAAUGUUACUCAACAAGAGUAUCAGGACAUUCCUCAGCUCCUUCUAAAAGUCUCACUAAAAUUAGACGAAGUGAACAAAAUAGAAAAAACAACUGCAGACCAAAACGUCAAAGUAAUUUGUAGUUCAAUUAAUACCGAAGAUUUGAAAAGCAUUCAAAGUGAUUUAGACGAAGUCCGUAGUGGAAAAUUGAAGGACAAACUCGUCGAAUUGUUAGAGCACAGACACCUCUUAGAACUCAAUAAAUGUCUGAACAACUUGUACUCUGCAGAGUCGGAAAAGACGAUCAGCCCAUACAGCAAAAUCGCAGUGAUAGUGAAACAGGCGGUUAUGUUUACAAAGACGUUUAACUUCCCCAAUGAAAGCAUUCAAAAAAUUAAUAAACUUUUUGAAACCAUAGACGACGUCUGUGAAGACAACAAUUUUGAUUUUGACACUCUAAACGCACUCAAUGGGGCUUUGUGUGGAAUUGAAUUGUUGACUGGAACGCAUUAUCUACCAAAGAGAAUGGAAUACCCAAAUGCUAUGAUCAAAGGAUAUGUCGAGUCGAAAAUAGACGACUUGCGUCUGAAGAAUUACAGCGUUUUUGAAUUUGCCAAAAAUCUCAAUAAAUGUCCAAAAGAUAUUCAAAAAGAUGUGUGCACUUCGACGUACAAAAAUCACCUCACUAAGUAUUUUACAAAAGAAAACGAAGCGAAAAAUUUUGAGAUGACAAAUUAUAUGAAGAAAUUUUACAAUUUUUGCUUUGGGGAGAAUUUUGAAGCAAAAAGUGAAGAAAAUGACAAAAAAGAAUUUUUAGAGGAGUUGAAAACCAUUUCCAAAGAUGAAGAAAAAGAGGAGUUUAAAAAGACAAAACAGUUUAUUUUAGACUUAUUGGGGUCUAACCCAGAUAUCAUGACAUUUGCUGAUAUUGAGAAAGAGAAGGUAGGAAGUUACCAAAACAUCACUAAAUUCAUGGAAGAUACAACACGACUACUUUUCUAUGUUGAAAUGGUCUAUUCUUUCUUUGAUCUGAAAUUUACAGAUUUGCCUGUUUUUAUACAAGAGAAAAUUAAACUGUACAACACACUUAUAACACUCAAGGCGUGCGGACAAAUCAAAGUAAUCAAAACACUGAAUGAACAGCAAAAUGUGAAUAAAGUGUAUAUUAACUAUAACAACAAUUUAAUACUCAAACUCCAAGGAAUCAUUAAUUCUUUAAAGCCGUUAUUGGAUAAGACACUCCAAAAUAAAUACGUUGAAACUGCUAUUAAAAAUUCAUUAAAUGAAGUUCUGGUGGAUCAAAGCAAUUUAGUGCUAUAUAAAAGUGAACUUCAAUUUGCCAAGAAAUUGUUGGAGACUUUGAAAUUAAAAGUCUCAGGAAGUCUGAAUGAUAAAAUUCAAAGCAAUUAUAUAGCAACUUUUCUGAGGUCACAAUACUCACAUCUUCAAGAAGUCAGAGACUUUGUUACAAAAAUAGACGCUUCAAUUUGCUCAGAAAAUUCGAUGGGAUUCUUACCAAACAUCAUGUCUAUUGUGUCUGCCAGUGUCCCUCUGAUAAAUCGCACCCCCUCUACCGACGAAUCACUUUAUUUUGCAUAUGGAGGGUACAGAGAUUUUGACUCUUCUUUUAUGAAAAUUCUUGAUAUGAGUCCACGCACAUCAUACAACUACCGUGUCGCACUGAUCAACUCAAAUUACUCACUCUUUAAUUCUCUCAUCUGCAAGAACCACAACGAGAUGUACCAAUACGCCAAAUUGAUGGAGGAAAUUGAUUAUAACAUGGAAUUGUCAUUCACACAAACAUUUGAAAAAGAUUCUGACCAAUACAUAGAAAGGUACGUCUCCACUAUUUCAGACUAUUUGGGGAAGAAAUACUGCGAAAAAUUGUAUGACGCUAAAAUGGGGUGUUGCAUCGAUUUACUCGCGCCUUUGUUCACUUUUGUUGGAUACCAACUUGACCUACCAAUGAAUAUCAAAGCUAAAAUAGUCUUUGGUGCAGCACUUCCUGGGUGUAAAUACAUCUCAAAGUUGUAUUCAGAAACCGAUGUUAACAAGGAGUACUCGGUGUUUGCUUUUGAGAAUGUGUACAAAAAGGAAUACGAAAAGAUGUUAAAAGAUUACUCUCCAAAGAAGAUUGGAACAACCGAAUUUAAGAUGAUGAGUACGUCACAAUCUGAUAACAAUACCAAUAACGAUGCAAUGGCUUUUGUGGUGUAUAAUUUCUUUAAAAUUCGCAUCGAAAAGUCUUUCACUGAAAAGUGCGUCAAACCACUCAAAAAUAUAGUGACUGAUUUAUACAAAGAAAUGUUCGGGAAAUACACAGAUAAGAUCACUUUAACUGGAAAUAAUGAAGAAUUUGAUGUCACUAAAACACCAAGUGGGUUUGAUAUAAAAGCUUCCCUGCCCGGUAUUAAAUUGUCCAAUACUUUUCAUUGGAAUUACGGCUUUGACAGCACAUUCACGUCUUUAAUUUUGACAUAUGAUAAUAAUGGAAAGUGUUACAAAUAUGAAGAUGGGUAUUUCUAUUGGGUAUACAAAAACUACGUUGUCUUUAAAACACUCAACAAACAGAAAUUCGAAUUUGAGCAAACUAAUAUUAACCUCCCAAGUGACUUACUUGUGAUGAUUUCGAAUAUCUCUAAUAUGGACAAACAAUAUAAGGACGUUGAUCAGAAAAUCAUUGAACAACAAAAGAGAGACAGAAUCUCAAAUGCACAGUUCCAGGAUCAUUUAAGACGAAAAGAAGAGGAUGACAGAAGAGAAAGAAGUUUCAGAGCUAUGAUGAAUGGUCAUCUUUAA